UGGACUCCCGUUUCAACAUGGCUGCUGGGACACCACCAGGGGCACCUGGACAGUCCAAACAUUCGCUGUCGGACUCAGGAGCUGUGCCUUUCGAUAUAUCUCAGCCCCCUGUCAUCGAGGGCUUCAGGCCAUCUGAGAGACCCAAAGAUGAGGGUUUUAAGGAGAAAUUUAUUCGGAAAUCCAAGGAGAACCCAUUCGUCCCGAUAGGUUGUUUGGGAACAGUAGGGAUGUUGAUGUUCGGUCUCCGUGCCUUCCAUCAAGGAAAAACCAGACAGUCCCAGCUGUUGAUGCGGGGCCGUAUCUUGGCUCAAGGCUUCACCGUUAUAGCCAUCAUCGCCGGUGUUUUUGUUUCAGCUUACAAAGCCAAGCAGUGAAGUCCGAGCUCUUCAGCCUGGAAUCAGACCAGAUCUGCUGUAGUACAAUAUGAUCCAUCAUGUGUUUUGUUUUCAACAUAAUUUAAAUACAUUACUGGUUGAAAAGCUUGAACUGCUCAUGGUGAUUAAGUGUUUUGCUGCAUUAAACAYCAAAGUACUGUUGACUCAAAUGUACAAACUGGAGUUACCUUUAUCUUGUAUAACAUCUAUAAACCUGAGGCCAUGUCUAAGAUGCAACCUUACUCCUCUGUCUUUAGGCCAAACGUACUCCUUAAUGUAAUGUUUUCAUGAGAAACUCUGUAAAUUGAAGGAGCAUUAAAAAGGCUGGGAUCAGUUC